AUGCAUCACCAACAGGCUGUUCGUUCCGACGAGCUAGAAGACGAUGAUCUUGGCCGCGGCCCGGCCACAUGGAGCCCUUCACGGCGCGAGUUUGCUAUCAUGGCGACGGCUGCCUUGUUAUCACUCAUGGUCGCCCUUGACGCCUGUGUCAUUGUGACUUCUUUACAGGCUAUCGUGGUAGACCUCGAGCUCAGCACAUACGACGGCUUCUGGAUAGGUACGGCGUACCUCCUAGCCAACGCCGUGCUGAUGCUGUUCAUCGCGGACCUGAGCCGCGUGUUUGGUCGACGGUCAGGCCUGACCAUCUCGGUUGCCGUCUUUGCCCUAGGCACGAUCUUUUGCUGCGUGUCGCAUUCCAUCGGCUUGAUGUUGGCUGGACGGUCUCUCCAAGGCGUCGGCGGUGCUGGCAUCAUCGUCUUGUGCCUGUUGAUUUUCACCGACAUUGUCCCGUUGCGGUUUCGGCCUACGUGGUACGGCUUAGUCCAGGCAGCAUGGGCAUUGGGCAACUGCGUUGGCCCCAUACUGGGCGGCGCCAUUGCUCAGCACACAACGUGGCGUUGGAUUUUCUACAUCAUGUUCCCUUUCUGCGGGGCCGGGCUUGCUCUUGUGCCCUGGCUAGUCAACAUUGAUUCUCCGGCUGAUGGGGUGGGCGAGAAACUAAAGAAGAUAGACUGGCCGGGAAACGCUCUGUUCAUCGGCUCGGCCACCUUGUUGCUGGUGGCCGUCUCCUGGGGAGGCUUGCGCUACAGUUGGGGCAGCGCCGGCACUCUUGUACCGUUGUUGCUCGGGGCGGUUGGUAUGGCGCUGACUGUGAUCUACGAGUCACGCUUCGCAACGUCCCCGUUCUUGCAACGCCGACUUUUCCAAACCGCCAGCUCCAUCGCGACGUAUGCUUGCGGCGCCAUCCAAGGCCUCGUGAUGUACGGGCAGCUUUAUUACGUGCCUCUUUACUUUAUGGAUGUCAAGGGGUUUACUCCGGUGCAGACUGGCGUCGCACUCUUCCCGGUCAUGUUUACGCUGGUGCCGGCAUCCAUCAUCACCGGUCGGCUCGUCACGGUAUUCAAUAACUACCAGUGGCCGAUCUGGGUUGGCUGGACUCUGGCUACCAUCGCCUCCGGGCUGAUGAUGCUGUGGCAUGUCGAGACGCCGGCGAAGAUAUGGGCGCCGACGCUCGUCCUUCUUGGUCUUGGCCAUGGCUCCAUCCUGAACGCGCAGAACAUGGCAUCGCAUGCUCUCUGCGACGAAGGCGACGAAGCGAUCGCCGCAGCGAUGUAUGCCUUUCUCCGACAGUUUGGCAUGGCACUCGGGGUCGGCGUCGGCGGUUCCACAUUCCAGAACGUCAUGCUGCUCAAGUUGGAGGACGAUGGCUUGGCACCCGCAGGUACGCACGGAGGUACCCAUGCUAUUUCUGCCAUGUUGAGCGCUGCCGGCGACGUUGGGCCGCCAUCCAAGAUCGUGGAUGCGUACAUCUACGGCUUGCGAGGCGUCUACGGAUUGUAUGUCGGCGUAUCCGGAUUAGCCCUCUUGAUGAGUUUCUUGAUCAAGAGCGCAUCAAUGAACAGGAGCCUACGAUCGGAGCACACGAUGCACACUCAGGCGACGGGUCACGGUAGUAUUCACGGCUCCAGGAGUUGA